UCAAGGUGGUACGUGUUGAAGCACCAGUCACACCCAAUUAACUGCAAAUCUAAGGUCGACCUAGUAGAACCUGGGAAAAAAGUCUUUCAAAAUGUCGUCAAAACUAAUUGUUCCCUUUCUCUCCCUAUUUUUCCUGUGUGGCACCCUUGUCGUGGCGCACGUCCGUUUGCUCGCCCCCGUAAGCCGGUCUUCGAUGUGGCGAAAUCCUCAAUUUGCUCCACACAACCCACCCAUCAACUACGACGACGAUGGGCUGUAUUGCGGAAGCGUGCCUCAAGAGGAGGUCGUGACGACUUGUGGUCUUUGUGGCGAUCCUUUCUCAUCCCCAACGCCACGAGCUAACGAGCACGGAGGCAGGUAUGGAAGGGGAGUUAUCGCUGCCAAUUAUUCAGCAGGACAGCUCAUCAACAUUGGGCUCGAUUUUACCACGGCGCAUUGGGGAUAUUUUGAAAUUCACGUCUGCGACGGUCUUCCAGAGAGUGAAGCCUGCUUUUUGGAAAAUCGUCUCGUUUUUCAGCAUGGUUCGAGUAAAUUCCCAGUUUCUGGAAACGGUGGUAGUCAAACUAUUCAAACAACGGCGCAACUUCCAUCAAACUUAAGGUGUGAGCAUUGCAUUCUUCGCAUGAACUAUAGAGCCGGAAAUAGUUGGGGAGAUUGUCAUAAUGGAACUGAAGGAAUGGGAUGCGGACGCCAAGAGACAUUUCGACACUGUGCUGAUAUUUCUAUUCUGUAAAUCACAAUUGAAUACGUACAGAAAAAUGUGAUUCUAUAUGUAAAGGAUACUUUGAAUUGUAAAAAUAGUUGUUCCGGAAUAUAUUUAAAAUUAAAAUAAAUUUAGUUCUGCAAUGAAAUAUUGUCCUAUUACAAUAAGCAUUAAGUGGAUUAUAAUGAAAGAAUACAAAUUAUUUGUCGAUAAGCUAUACAAUACGAUAUACCUAUUAGUCGCUAAUGCAAUAAAAAUUUACGCAUAAUUGAUUUA